AAUACUUUUAAAAACAAAACUUUUUUUUUGCAGAUAUACUCCAUUAUGGCUGAAGUGGGUACCGAAAACAUCAAUCAUCAAUAAAAUGGAUCCACAUAUAGAACCUAGCGAGCUCUAUCAAGCCAUGUUGAGCACCACAACAUUCAAACCGGAAAACUUCAGUGGUACUCUUAACAAUUCCAGUGAAAACGAAUCUUUACCAUUUGAACUCGUGAUACCGUUCACUAUUGUGUACGCGAUAAUUUUCUUUACCGGUGUAAUAGGAAAUAUAAGUACUUGUAUAGUGAUAGCUAAGAACAAGAGUAUGCAUACCGCAACGAAUUACUAUUUAUUUAGUUUGGCUAUUUCGGAUAUGCUAUUGUUGAUCUCAGGCUUGCCACCGGAAAUGUAUAGGAUAUGGAGUCCGGAUACUUAUAUUUUCGGACAUGUUAUUUGUUUUUUGCAAGGAUUUAGUGCUGAAACUUCUGCUAAUGCAACGGUUUCCACCAUGGUAUUCUUCGUAGCUCCAAUGACAUUAAUCACGGUACUCUACAUUCUCAUUGGUAGACAGUUGAAGAAGUCGACAGCCAAAAGACCAUCAUUGACUCAGCACAACAGCAACAAUUGUUACGCCAACAGAUAUUCUAGUCAUUGCAAUAACUCAGAAGCGGCAAAGAAACGACUGCGACACACGCAAGCUCAGAAUAGGGUAGUUAAAAUGCUGAUCGCCGUUGUUGCAGCUUUUUUCAUUUGCUGGGCACCGUUCCACGCCCAACGUCUUCUGGCAGUCUACCUGGCCGAAGCAUCAAAAGAAGCCCAAACGACCUACCUACAAAUGUACGAGUACUUGGUGUACACUAGCGGAGUACUCUACUUUUUGUCGACCUGCGUCAACCCACUUUUGUACCAUAUUAUGUCGAACAAGUAUCGGAAUGCGUUCAAGUCUCACUGGCACGGUGACCAGAUAAUCUAUUGCAUAAAAGCUCUGAACCAGAAAAGUCAACAAACUGGAGGUUCUGCCAAUAUUACUGAGGGAGGUGUAGGACACACUUUCGUUACAAUCCAAAUGGAAUCUUAUGUUAGCCAUGGAAUAGAAUUUUAUAUAUACGUUUGGGCGGAAUAAUAAUUGAUAACAUGGAAAAUAAAAUAUUAGUGGAAAUUCAUGUUUCAAUUUUGUUUUCGAGUGUAUAAAACCUAUUUCAACUUAAAGUUCAAAUGAUCCAUUUUAAAUAAAAGUGAAGUUUCAAACUUUAUCGGUUCAAACGAAAUUUGAUUUGGAGCAAACAUGAAAUUUUGUCGCCGAAAAAUAAUUACAAAUUCUUCUAAAUGCUGAAUGUGUUGAAAAGCUACUAUUUAGAAAACUUCCAAAGGCAUGUUUUGUAAAAACCCAAAUCGACUGGUUUGACUGGUCACCUAGUACUGUCAGUGUCUUACUGAUAACAUAGACUAACUGGUAAACAGUAAAUUUGACGUUUUUUUUCCCGUGGCGUUUUAAAUUCAUACUCAUCAAUCACAUCCAAGAAAAAAAAACAAUGGCAAAUUUCCUAAGAACAUUUCUAAGCAAUCAAGAAGAACGCGAACGAAACAUCACGCAAAAAUUCAACACCAACUCAAUUGAUCCAAGAUUUAACGAUUUAACCCAGGAUUCUGAAGAAGAAUUUCUUAUCAAUCAAGUAGAAAGCCACCAAAAUUUACUGAUAUCUCUCGAACAAGAAAUUACGAAAUCAAUAGAAGACAUACGUGACAUCGAUUUACAGAUGGUGAACGCGGAACAAGGUUUGCCCAGACGUAAAGCCUUGAAAAGUACUAUAACAGAGCAAGCAGCGAUUAUAGAAAUGGUGGCUAUUGAAUUGCAACGGCAAAACGAAAAACUUGAUCGGGCACUUAUGGAAAUUGAACACAGGCGUGCUUCUUGGCAGUGUAUUAUCAAUAAACGGAAGGAGGCUCAAAUAGAAGAAGAUGACACGUUGGAUUUCCUAUGGACCAAUGAAGAAGAGCCUGACGAAACUGAAGAAGAACAAAAUAUGUCACUCUAAAGUUACUUAUUAGCUAUAGAAAAAGACAAAAAUUUACGUUUUGUCAUCAUGGCUCAAUGAUACUCGUUUAUAUGAAUAUAAUGACAUAAUACUAAAUCAAUUUUAUUCUUGGAUUGAGGCCUAUAGAAUUUCAUUGGAUACAACUUUUUUAGUUAUUUCAACA